AUGCAGUUGGGUGUGGGCGCUGAUCGAAAGUCUAUUUUUCCAGCCUCGAUUACUAGGGUGACAGUACAGUAUUGCACAUUAUGCUAUGUGCGUAUCCCCCCGGGGGCCGUUGGUCGUUGGCACACUUGGAACACGAAAAAUGAUGACGAGUUGGUUGGCGAGUUGCCGGUUACGAGUCAUGAGAUGAAGAUUGUCAGAUUGUAUGUGGUUUUCAUUACGAGUAAAUCGCCGAGUAGACUGGAUCAUAUCAAGUCUUUGGAUGUGGUGGUCCAAUAG